GCCGACUGGGAGCUGACAGAGGCAGCGCGGGGCCCCCAAGAUGGCAGAAGCUCAUCAGGCCGUGGCCUUCCAGUUCACGGUGACCCCCGAGGGUGUCGAUGUCCAGCUGAGCCGUGAGGCCCUCAAGCAGAUCUACCUGUCUGGGGUCGCCUCGUGGAAGAAACGCUUUGCCCGCAUCAAGAACAGCAUCCUGACCGGCGUGUACCCCGCCACCCCCUCCAGCUGGCUGGUGGUUGUCAUGGCGACAGUGAGCUCCAUGUACUGCCGCAUUGACCUGUCCAUGGGCCUGAUCUGCCACAUCAGGCGGUACCUGCCCAGCUGCCACUACCUGAGCUUCCAGCACCAGACCCUGCUGAGCGCCGUGCUCUUCUCCACAGGGGUCUGGUUCUCGGGGAUCCUGCUCUGCCGGCAGUCCCUGAAGCUGCUGCUCUCCUACCAUGGCUGGAUGUUCGAGCCCCACGGCAAGAUGAGCUGGAGCACCAGGGUCUGGGUGGCUCUAGUGAAGAUGAUAUCUGGCCGCAAUCCCAUGCUCUACAGCUUCCAGACCUCUCUGCCCAAGCUGCCAGUUCCCAGCGUGGAGGCCACAAUCCGUAGGUACCUGGAGUCCGUGCACCCGCUGCUGAAGGAUGAGAAGUACCGCAAGAUGGAAGUCCUGGCCCAAGCCUUCCAGCAGCACACAGCUCCCAGGCUGCAGAAGUACCUGGUCCUCAAAUCUUGGUGGGCAACCAACUAUGUGAGCGACUGGUGGGAGGAGUACGUCUACCUGCGCGGACGAGGCCCUAUCAUGGUCAACAGCAACUACUACAUCAUGGAUUUCCUGUACGUGACACCCAGCCCCCUGCAGGCAGCCCGGGCCGGCAACAUCGUGCACUCCAUCCUGCUCUAUCGGCGCAAGCUGGACCGCGAGGAGAUCCCCCCAGUGAUGGCGCUCGGCAUAGUGCCAAUGUGUUCCUUCCAGAUGGAGAGAAUGUUCAACACCACCCGCAUCCCCGGGAUGGAGUCAGACACCCUGCAGCACCUGUUGGACAGCAAGCACCUGGCCGUCUACCACAAGGGCCGCUUCUACAAGCUGUGGCUGUACCAGGGCGGGAAGCUGCUGAAGCCGCGAGACCUGGAGCUGCAAUUCCAGAGGAUCCUGGACGACCCGUCGCCCCCGCAGCCUGGGGAAGAGAAGCUGGCAGCACUCACUGCUGGAGAAAGGGUCCCGUGGGCCAAAGCCCGGGCCAGGUUCUUCAGCCAAGGGAAGAACAAGGUGUCUCUGGAUGCCAUCGAGCGGGCUGCCUUCUUCCUGGCACUGGACGAGGAGGCGCACGGGUACAAGCGGGGCAGGGAGGAUAGCAUGGACAGCUACGCCAAGUCCCUGCUGCAUGGGCGCUGCUACGACAGGUGGUUCGACAAAUCCUUCACCCUGGUUGUGUAUAAGAACGGCAAAGUGGGCACCAACGCAGAACACACAUGGGCCGACGCACCCAUCAUGGGGCAUCUCUGGGAGGUAAUGUGGGUGAGGGGGCCAUCCAUGGCAUGCCUGGGGCAGGGGCCAAGAUCCCACCCUCAGUGCAGGGAGGAUAGGAAGCCAAAUGUUAACCCUAAAAUGCCCAAACUCCAGUGGCGGGAUCCUGGGGAAUGCAGGAAGGUUAUCGAUAGCUCCUACCGCGUGGCCAAGGCACUGGCAGACGAUGUGGAUUUCCACUGUUUCCAAUUCUCCAAUUUCGGGAAGGGCCUGAUCAAGCGAUUCAAGAUCAGCCCCGACGCCUUCAUCCAGAUCUCGCUGCAGCUGGCUCGCUUCCAGGACAAGGGCAGCUUCUGUCUCACCUACGAGGCGUCCAUGACGCGUCUCUUCCGGGAGGGCAGAACUGAGACAGUGAGAUCCUGCACCAGGGAGUCCACAGCAUUCGUACGGAGCAUGAUGGACCCGGCUCAGGGCCAACUGGAGCGUCUGCAGCUCUUCCAGGUGGCAGCAGAGAAGCACCAGCAAAUGUAUCGUCUGGCCAUGACGGGCGCCGGCAUUGACCGACACCUCUUCUGCCUCUAUGUGGUCUCCAAGUACCUGGGGGUGGAGUCGCCCUUCCUGGCACAGGUGCUGGCUGAGCCCUGGCGUCUGUCCACCAGUCAGACUCCCCAGCAACAGAUCAAAAUGUUUGAUAUGGAGAAGAACCAGGAUCUCGUCUCCUCCGGAGGUGGCUUUGGCCCGGUGGCUGAUGACGGAUACGGUGUCUCUUACAUCAUUGCUGGCGAGAACCUGAUCACCUUCCACAUCUCCAGCAAGUUCUCCAGCCCUGAAACGGACUCCAGACGGUUCGGGAGGAACAUUCGCCAGGCCAUGCUGGACAUCGCAGACCUUUUCAAUGUUCCUGCCAACAAGGUGGCCAACUGACCCCGCGCCACGGGAGGGGCGAUGGCCCCUGUGCCGAAAGCAUGUGAGGCUGGCCCCAGGGUGGAAGGCAUGGCCCCAGAACACCGGGCGAGCUGGCGGGGCUGCCCCUCUGGUGCCAGCGCUUGCCAUGCAGUAGGUCCCUGCCAGUCGGGGCCCUCCCGGCCAGUCACGGGGACCUAGGGACCCACAAAUCUGUGGGAACGGGUGCAGGAGAUGUCUUCCCUCAAUAUUACUGAUAAAGAAGGCUCUUUGUA